AUGCAGAAAAGGUUCGGGGGCCAUGCAGGAGGGAAAUCAGCCGCUCCUUUGGCAACCCUGGACCUGGUCUGUGUGUCCCAACAGUCAACUCCAGGAGAGACGAUAUCAACAUCCAUGCCGGGGUGUACCUACUUGAUGGGGCCCUGCGCAUCACUUUCUGUUCAAGGUCGCCGAACAGUCACCCAGAAAUGA